AUGGAAACACCAACCAAAAAACUCUUAGACGAUGUAGACGCUUACGGAACAUUUCCGGAAUAUUCAGUUGACGUCAAUUCAGCUGGUCAAAAGGCUUUGGAGGUUAAAACACAUGUUUAUAAGAGACGCUGGUAUGUCCUUGUACUUUUCUCCCUUGGAGCCGCUGUGCAAGGGGGUUACUGGAACACUUGGGGACCCAUAGCGGCAUCCACAGAAGAGGCCUUUGGCUGGGACGAUGCUGAUAUAGCCCUGCUCAGCAACUGGGGUCCCAUUGCGUAUUUAGUAUCGGCCGUGCUCUUCGCUUGGAUCAUCGACGUCAAAGGCAUUCGGCUUUCAAUGGUGAUAACAAUGUUUUUGGUGACAGCUGGAGCUGGCUUCAGGUGCAUCACCAGUGAGCCUCCUUAUGUAAAAUGGACAGUACACACUGGGCAGUUGUUAAAUGGUUUAGGCGGCCCGGGAUUGCCGCCGGUGUUAUCGGCCGCUUGGUUCCCGCCGCACGAAAGAACCACUGCCACAGCCAUUGCCCAAGUUCUAAAUGGGCUGGGUGUUGGUGCGUCAUUUAUCAUAGGACCAUAUCUUGUAUCAGAUAAGCCACAAGACAACUCGUCGAUUUCCAAUGCCAGCUUUCCUACCACCAUUGGACCAAAUACGACUGACGUCUCUGUCCGCAUCGCAAAUGAACGGAGUGAAAUAAUGUUUCUAAUGUAUAUAGAAUUUGGAUUCGCAGCGUUAAUAUUUCUCCUGACACUUGUGUCCUUUCCUGAUAAACCAAAAUUACCUCCCUGUACUACUGCCUCCAUUAAGAGAGUAGAGUUCAAAAAAGGACUGUUUCAGUUGAUACGGAAUUUUAAAUUUUGGAUGGUGUGCCUGACUUACGGGUUGUCCCUGGGCGUGUUUAACUGUUGGCAGAGUGUACUGGACGUCAAUUUAAAACCACACGGUAUAUCCGAGAAUGAAGCAGGGUGGCUGGGUUUCUAUUCUACGUUGGCAGCAUCAUUUGUGUGUAUCAUGGUAGCGAGGUUUUCCGACGUUUUUACCAAGCACAUGCGUCUGUUCCUGGUAAUCCUCUAUUCAGGCGGUGCUUUGGCAAUGACAUGGUUCGCAAUUCUCGUCAACGGCUACAUACCAAACUCCACAACGUCCCUGUAUGUAUCGAUUAUCCUUGGGACAAUGCUUCUUAACGCAACGCCUCCACUUUACUACGAAACGGCGUGUGAGAUUACUUACCCUGUGGCCGAGGGCAUUACAAACCUUUGGCUGACUAUGAUCAACAAUGUCGGCGGUCUUCUUUUUCUGUUAGUUCAGAUGAUCCCCAACAUAGGUACGAGCUGGGAAAACUGGUGUGUACUUGGGGCGGUAGUGAUUUGUAUACCUAUACUUUGUACCAUGGACGAACGCUACAACAGGUUGGAAGUGGACGAAAAAGCAGUCAAAACAUAG